AUGUCUCAACAAUUCUUUCUAACCUCUUCAAUUGAACUAAAAGAUAAGAAGAAUUCAGCAAGCAAUUCAUAUAAACGUCAAUAUACAGAAGGUGAAAAUAUGGAACUUUUGGAUUAUUAUAUACCUGCUUACAUACUCGCUUAUGUCAUAAGCAAGACAUUGGCUCUAAAGUUUAUUUUAAGAAUAUAUUUUAAAGCAGAAGCUACUUUACUGCUUGCUUUGGCCUUUUCAUCGAUUUUAAAGUCAUAUACAUUUCAAGCUCAUUUUGCAAAAGAUGAUUCAGAAUUAUUUUAUCU